ACGAUAUAUUGUGUACCAGUCAUGUAUAGUAGUCAAACGCCUUCACACCUGCGCAGUAAACCACUUAUAUUUGGCUGAUCACUCGUCCGAAGUUGGCAAAUUCUUUUUCAUCAUGGUACGCCUUGGCCUUCGCUUCUUACUCUUUGGUAGGACGGUCGCACAGAAAGCAAAAGGACGCGCUCUAAUGAAAGAGUCUCGCGAAGCACCACAUAAAGGUCUUUACCACGGAGAAACUUAUGUGUUUGGCUACCGAACAACAUGGUCUGGAAAAAAGUAAGCUCAAUAACUCAAAACUUAAAUUCAAGGCAUAAUCCUGGUAUGAUUAAGUACUUUUAUGAGAAUGAGUCAAGCAAGGGUUCUAAAAACAGUAACCUUGAAUAAAAUAUGAAUGUUAAUCUUAGUUACUCACCUCAGGAAAAAUUUAGCAUACUAUAGAAUAAAAAUAAUUGAAUAUUGUUCCGGUUGACCUAUUUAUUUAAUAAUGUAAUUAUGUAAUUUAUUUUAUGUACUUGAUGUGUUAGAAUUGUGGAUAAAUAUCAAGUGAAGUGGUGGCUUGUGAGAACAUUUGUAUAAUUUGUAAAACUUUUUACUAAAAUAUGUUUUACUUAUUAUCACUUUACCAAGAACUCCACGAGUGUGGAAGCCAAAUGUCUUUGAAAAGACAUUCUACAGUCAAGUGUUAGAACAAGACUUGUCACUGAAGGUCAGUGUGCCUGCUCUGAGAUGUAUUGACAAAGCUGGUGGACUUGACAAUUACAUCAUCAACACACCUGAAAGAACUCUGCAUUCUAAAUUAGCUAUUGAUCUCAAGAAACUUAUGGUGUGGGUUGUCAAAUGUAAAGAAGAAGGUGUGGAAAUGGAGCAGAUCAGGAGUGAGGUUUUUCCUAAACCAAGAAUAAGUCGUCAUGUUCACAUUCCAAAAGAAUAUACCAACAGAUUUUACUUUGAUUGGAAAGGACCUCGCAAACAGAUGGUGUUUUGCUAG